AUGGGGGACAAGGGCGCGACGCGGGGGUUCAUAACGACGAUCGCGCAGGGGCUGCCCGGGAAGUGGUUCCUGGUGGUGUCCACGGCGUCGCUCUCGUCCGGCGCCAUCUCGCCCUCCUUCCUCUCCUGGAACGAGUUCCAAGAGUGGUGGUGGCCACAGCAACAUCAAAUCGUGGCAGUGGGUUACGGCUGCAACGUGUGGCGCGCAGCGUACGCAUCGCACGUGUUCGCGCUGCAGACGUGCAACUUCUUCUCGUCCUUCGACGCGGCGUCCAAGUACAUCGUGCGCCAGUCCGAGCAGGGGCUGCGCGUGACGGCGCUGGCGCAGGGCGCGGGGCAGUGGUUCGUGGUCAUGAGCAAGGGCGGCGCCAUGCCCGCGCUCUCGCAGGGGCUCGUCUGCUCCACGAGCCUCGCGGAUUUCAUCCGCACGUUCCAGCGGGGAUUCGAGGAGCACGAUCGUGUGCCAACGUGUCUCGUGUAUGGGGACGGCCGAUGGGUGGGUGUAUGGAGUGCAGUCAGGGAGGGCGUAGUGGCAGGCGCUGGCACAAGCGGCGGCAGCAGCAGCGUGAGCAGCGGAGGCAGCAGUCUGACCUCCCUUCACCACAACAGCAGCAGCAGCACCAGCAGCGGCAGCAGCAUCACCAGCGUGUUUGGCAGCAUGGGAUUCGGUUCCGGCAGUGCCUCAACCAGCAGUGGCAACAGCGGCAAUGGGCAUGUGCAUGGGAGCAGCAUCACGCCUACUCCACACGUGGUUACCAGUAGCAACACCAGCAGCAGUAGCAGCAGCAGUGGUGGUGGUGGUGGUGGUAGUGGCGUUGGUGGUAGCGCCGGGCAGCAGAGCAGGGCGCUGAAGUUUGUGGUGGUGAAGCAGUCCUCUGAUAACGCCCUCGUGCUGAAUGCUCUAGAGGAUUCUUACUCCAUACUGGCUGUUGCGUCAUCGCCGACAGCCACUCUUGUGGCCCUGAUCAAGCCGGCGCUAUACCGCAGUCAAGUCGCAUACCACUGUGACGGCUCAGGCUCCUCCAACGGGUGGAUCGUGAACAACAUCAGCGACCGCACGCCUUGCUGGUACUCGCAGCUCACACUCGACUCGCCCGCACACCGCCAGGAGUUUGCUCUGCACCGCACUGUCCUCGCGUCCUCCUCUGCUGCUCUCUUCCGCCGCCCCACACCCCCGGCUCCCUCAGCUCAAACCCCGUCUCUUGGAACGGUCGAGUAA